AUGGCUGCUCCGUGCAUCGCGAGUCCCCGAGGUGAAGCGCUGCAGCAUGGCCAGUCUGGGACUCUGCCGCACUUUCUGGAGGAGCCUGUUGACGCUUACAUUGUCAAGAGUAACCCCAUCAAGCUGCGGUGUCAAGCUCGGCCUGCUCUUCAGAUCUUCUUCAAGUGCAACGGGGAAUGGGUCCACCAGAGCCAGCACAUGUCUCAGGAGCACACCGACCUCGGGACAGGGCUGAAGAUCCGCGAGGUGAUGAUCAACGUGUCCCGUCAGCAGGUGGAGGACUUCCACGGCCCAGAGGAUUACUGGUGUCUGUGCGUCGCCUGGAGUCACCUGGGAACCUCCAAGAGCCGCAAGGCAACUGUCCGCAUUGCCUACCUGAGGAAGAACUUUGAGCAGGACCCCCAAGGCACCGAGGUGCCUCUGAACGGCAUGAUUGUGUUGCACUGUCGUCCCCCAGAGGGUGUGCCCGUGGCUGAGGUGGAAUGGCUAAAAAAUGAAGAACCUCUCAACUCUGAUGGCGCCGUUGAUACAAGAGGCGACCAUAAUCUGAUCAUCUCCGAAGCCCGCCUCUCUGAUUCCGGAAACUACACCUGCGUUGCCAACAACAUUGUGGCCAAGAGACGCAGUGCCACAGCCACCGUCAUAAUUUUCUGAAACGGAGGCUGGUCAUCGUGGACAGACUGGUCUCCCUGUAAUGUGCGCUGUGGUCGUGGUGUGCAGAAACGUUCUCGCACUUGCACAAAUCCAGCUCCUCUCAAUGGGGGAGCCUUCUGUGAGGGCAUGUCAGUACAGAAGAGCACCUGCAACACACUGUGUCCAGUGGAUGGAGGCUGGGGAGAGUGGACCGAGUGGUCAGUGUGCAGCACGGACUGUGAGAGGCAGCGCAGCAGAGAGUGCACCGCUCCAGAGCCCAAACACGGAGGCCGGCUGUGCGAUGGGGUGGCGCUUGCUACUGACAACUGCACCGGCGGCCUGUGCACACAGAAUCGAAAGUUGCUGCAUGAUGCGAAGCCACAGGGUGUGGAGAGCAGCAGUGAUGUGGCCUUGUAUUCAGGCCUUGCUGCGGGGGUGGUGACAGUGGUGCUGCUGAUCAUUGCUGUCACUCUUUACCGAAGGAGCCAGAGCGAGUACGGUGUUGAUGUCAUCGACUCCUCCGCCCUCACUGGGGGCUUUCAGUCCUUCAGCUUCAAGACCUCUCGUCAAGCAAACCCCCUGCUUAUUAAUUCAUCCAUGCAACCGGAUCUGUCAGUGUCACGUACCUACACCAGCCCCAUGUGUUUCCAGGACUCUAUUGACAAGGAGCUAAUGGCCGAGCGCUCGCUCCUCGACCCGUUGCCUGAUCUCAAGGUCAAAGGGGUGGCAGAAAGGGCAGAGUUCCACGUUAUGUCCCACCCACAGACAUUCCCAAGGGGCCUGGCUCCAGACUACAGAGGGGUCGCAGUCGGGACGACGCUGGGCAGAAGAGGCAAGAACCUCUUCACUCCACAAGUCUCUUUGACUCUCAGCAGGCCCCUCCACAAAGCAACCGCUGUGUUCGGUCAUGCUGGAGGCAGGCUGGUGGUACCCAACACAGGUAUCAGUCUGCUGGUGCCUCAUGGGGGGAUCGCAGAAGACACUACCUGGGAAAUGUACAUGAUCAUCAACCAGGAGGACAGCAGUUCUGUGUCCGAGGACGGGCCGGAGAUCUUCUUGAGUCCCGCAGUCACGUACGGCCCACUAGGCCUCGACCUGUCCUGUCCCAUAGCCAUGACCAUUGCCCAUUGCGCGGAGGUCGCCGCCGAUAAUUGGACCAUCCGGCUAAAGAGACAAAUGCAGGACAACAAGUGGGAGGAGGUGAUGUGUGUGGACGAGGAGAGCACGUCCUGUUAUUGUCUGCUGGACGCCCAAAGGUGCCACGUGCUGUUGGAGCAUCCAGGCCGCUAUGCCCUAGUGGGGGAGCCGCUGAACCAGGAGGCGGCCAAGCGGCUGAGGCUGGCUGUGUUUGGCAGUCCGGAUACCAGCAACUCUCUGGGCUUCACCCUCAGGGUCUACUGUGUGGAUGACACGCCCCAUGCAUUUCAGGAGGUGGCAGUGGGCGAGCGCAGCAGGGGCGGGCGGCUGCUGGAGGAGCCGAAAAUGAUGCUGUUCCGGGGGAACACUUUCAGCCUCCAGGUGUCCAUCCAGGACGUCCCACAGUUACUCUGGAGCAUCAAGCCUUUCACCACCUGCCAGGAGUUCUCCUUUUCUCAGGUGUGGGCCAGUAACCAGCGUCCCCUGCAGUGUGCCUUCUCUCUGGAGCGAUACAGCCACUCCUCGUCUCAGCUCUCCUGCAAGAUCGGCAUCCGACAGGUUAAAGGCGAGGAGCAGAUACUCCAGGUCUAUACGUCUGUGGUAGAGAAUGAAAAAGGAGUGGUUCCCUUUUUCACUCAGUCAGACUGUACCAUCACCUCUCAGACAGGGUCAAGGGCCUUUAAAAUCCCCCUGUCCAUCCGUCAGCGGAUCAGCGCCACCUUUGACACAGCGAACGCCAAGGGGAAGGACUGGCAGCUCCUGGCUCAGAAGCUCCACAUAGACAGGAAUCUGUGCUACUUUGCAUGUCAGGAGAGCCCAUCAUCAGUGAUUCUGAGUCUGUGGGAAGCGCAGCACCAGGACUCGGGGGACCUGGACUCUCUGGCCAGUGCCCUGGAGGAAAUCGGUAAGGUCCAGUCCCCCAGGACCGCCACUCUUGGCUGCAGCAGAGAAGAACGGGACUCAGAAUUCUCUAAACUUGGGUAGGGCGGAUCUACGGCAGAUCAAAAUAAUGAUGAACCUUUACUGCAUGAACGCUGAUGAUCAGGUGUACUAGCUAACCUAUGGGGAGGAGGAGGAGACGCAAAAGGGACAGCAGGGACACUCAGUUUUGGACUGUUACUAAAGGAACACCUCUGCUAAACCAAAUAGCGCAUACAGACAGACGGGAUUUAAGCAACAACGAGACAGAGAAUAGUGGGAAUGUGUUACUGAGAAGUACCGACAAAACAUUAUAGAAAUGGAUAUAAGAAUCCCACACCCAUCUUUGAUUGAGAAGUGUCACCUCCUGACACGUUGAUAACCUGUAUUCAACGGAUUAUGGAUAUCUGUGUGAAGAAGACUCUCCGCUUAGGAUGGAGUGAGUUUUAGACAGACUGCCAGUCAGGCCGGUGUUGUGACCUUACCGUGAUCGGAUGUGCUGGCAGUUGCCCUCAAACAGUCGUCCAGGCUGUCAAAAUGUUUUGUGUUAUGUCAUUAUGUUGUCAUUCAUUUCCCAAGAUCUCCUAACGCUUCUUUUUCUUUUUCUGUAACGCGUCUCUAAUGUCAGUGCAGGAGGUAGAGGAGAAGGAGUACUGGAUAGUAAUUUUGUCAGAACUUUAGUCGGAGACACUGAUUAGCAUUUAUGUCCACAUGCUAAAAAAAAAAAAACAUUCACAUGAACUACAUUUUUAACCCUACUUGCAGAACACGUCAAAGCAAAGGCUGCACAAGAGGGUAAGUUACCCCAAUGAUCACUUUCUGCUUCUCUUGGAGGAAUAUUAGUGUCUCUCUGUGUGAUAAGUGACUUCAUACUGGACGCACUGCCAAGUGUUGGUGUUGGUCAAGUGGCGAGUACUUUCAAGACCCACUGGGACUUUGUUUUUCUUGAAUUUUUGAAUUUUAACUUUAGAUGCGUGGCUUGAUUUGAGCUAAUCUUUUUUGGGGUCAUCUGGAUCACACCUGGGUAUCAUUAUUCGGAGACACUUGGCCAGCUCUCAUUCCCACUCCUCUGUCUUCUCUUCCCCAGCCAGAGUCGCUCCGCCUGCCCCCUAAACAUGAUAAAGUGAUUUCCUGUUGAACUCUGUGUUGGCUCUCUCUCUCUUUUUAACUAUUUAAUGAAUUCAGUUCUUAAAAGGGCAUGACAGCCCAGCAUAUUGUACAGUGGAGAAUUCAGCUACUGUGACACUUCAAAAACUGCAUCCAGCCAAGAGAUGAAAAAUUUAAGUACAAAAUCAAAUUUUAAGAGAGAUAUGAAAGAAACUACAGAGGCGCUUUGCUGCUAAUAUACCAUGUUGAAGUUUUUGUGUAGCUGUUUGAACUAUCAUAAGCCUAGA